AUGUUUGAUCUCAAGCAACUGAUCUUCUCUCGUUUAUCUAUCGAACCCGAAGAUCAAGUUUAUCACACUUUAUCCGGCAAACGUCUAGCCGACGACAGUCAAAUAUUUGAGGAUGAGCAAGUCGAGUUCACGACUUUGAACCUUAAUCUUCGGUUGUUAGGAGGAAAAGGUGGUUUCGGGUCGAUGUUAAGGGCGCAGGGUGGAAAAAUGGCUAGCCAGAAAACCACAAACUUCGAGGCAUGUCGAGACCUGAACGGCAGGAGGUUGAGGACGGUGAAUGAGGCCAAAAGGCUGGCCGAUCACCUUGAACAAGAACCAGAUAGACAACGCAUUCGAAAAGAGAAGGUGCAGAAAAAGAUAGAAGAGGGUCUGGCCGAACCACCGACAAAGAGAAUUCGGUUUGACGACACCGAAUACUUGAAAGCCAGCGAGGAGAUGAAAGAAAAAGUAAGCAACGCGGUGUCCGAAGCGAUAUCAAAAAAAUCUGUCGUCGUCAAUAACAAUAACAGCGGUAACGGCGAUCCAGGGAGAGCUCUAUCGUUAUGGGACGUUGUUGUUUUAUCUGAGGACGAUUCGAGACCGGGUUUUGAUGUACUUGGUGUGUCAUUGUCACUGUACCUUACCGUUGAGCUUGACAUCCUCGAAAGUGAGCCCGAUAAAAGUAACGAGGUGGUCUUGACAUACUCCGGCGAAGGUGCCGACACACUAACUCUUAAUAUCGAGAAAAAUUUGAUUACGAAAACAGCACUUUAUGUUCUUUCAUGUAAUAAUAUCGAAGGAUUCCCUUCUCCACUAAACAUCCACGUCGAUAAUCCGAUUCCGUUGGGUCGCGGUUUGGGUUCUUCGGGAACCGCGAUUGUCGCUGGUGUCAUGUUAGGCAACGUUGUAGGGAAUUUGGGCCUGACUAAGGAACGUAUGCUUGACUACUGUUUAAUGAUCGAACAUCAUCCUGACAAUGUCACUGCUGCUCUGAUGGGUGGAUUUGUCGCUUCGUAUGUGAAGAGAUCUGAUCAAAAUGUCACUCCUCACUCGGAAACGCCAGACAGUAAUGGGGAUGGUGUCGUGAAAGCAUCCGUUCAUGCCGUACCGGAAGGGAUGGGACACUAUGUCAAAUUAAACUGGGCCAAAGAGAUUAAAGCCGUAACUAUUAUCCCGCAAUUUGAGGUAUCCACUGCAGACGCCAGAAAUGUGUUACCAAAAGAAUACGGCAAACAAGAUGUGGUAUUUAACUUGCAGCGUUUAGCGGUCUUGAUAAUGGCUUUAUCCUGUUCCCCGCCAAAAGCGGACUUGAUCUAUCAAGCGAUGCAGGAUAAAGUGCAUCAGCCAUAUCGAAAGCAUCUGAUUCCUGGUCUUUCCGAGAUUCUUGCGAGCGUGAAGCCCGACAAUUAUCCAGGACUCUUGGGUGUAUGCCUUAGUGGAGCAGGUCCUACAAUCUUGGCUCUGGCGACGCAAAAUUUCGAUGGCAUCUCAGAAGCCAUCAAAAGCAUAUUUGCCGAAAAAGGAAUAGAGACUGUUACGAGGGUUCUAGACGUGGUCGAUGACGGAGCUCAGGUUACAGGAAUACAACAAUAG